CCAUUUGAGAAACCUUGCGAGAAGAAACUGCCACACGCCCUAUGUAUUCUUGGUUGACGUCGACAUCGUGCCCUCCAGGGGCAUGGCGGAGGCGCUGGAUACGUUUCUGUCGAAGGCGCCCAAGUGCCCGCUGUGCGCGUACGUGGUGCCCACGUAUGAGUUGGAUAAGAGAGUCGCCGAGUUUCCGGCGAAUAAGUCCGAAUUACUGCGUCUGUCGAAGAACAAGUUGGCGAUACCUUUUCAUAGAAAAGUCUUUAUUUACAAUCAGUAUGCAUCAAAUUUUUCUAGGUGGGAGGCGAGCGGCGGCAAUGAGUCCGCAGAUGCACACGUGAGCCACGACGUGACCAACUUCGAGCUUCUGUAUGAGCCCUUCUACGUGGCGCCGGACGCCGUGCCUCCACACGACGAGCGCUUCCUCGGAUACGGCUUCACCAGGAACACGCAGAGAGGAACAUCAUCUAUUGUUUUAAAUCUAGAACUUUGCUACGAUAGCCUAGAAUGAAGAUAUCGAUACUAAAAAGUGAUUUGAUCAAUCAGUCAGAGGUCCCCGAGGUUAUGUUGGACCAGAAACAAAAAGGUCGCGACCGUGGAUAUUGAGCGUGAGAAAUUUCUGAUUGCGGUCAAUUGCGGUUGUGCAAGUGUUUCGAAUUGGGACGCCACCGGCGCCGCCGCUGUUGUUGUUGUUAGUCCAUUGUCAACUGCUGCUGCACCUCAGCGAUGCCGCGACCACUUCUCUACCUGCUUCUUUGCCUUAUCUCUACCGUAGGUAAGUCUUUGUUGUCAUUUUUUGUUCACAAUUUGUUAAGUUAUUGACGUUGUAUCGCUCUUUUGUUUUAUACAACCAAAUAAAUGUUAUUUUUAUUUCAAUUCUAUUUUGGUAGUUUCUGUUUCGCACAGGUGAUUUUUCUAUUUUGUAAUUAUUUAUCAAAGUAACUGAGUCUGUAUAGAUUUCUAGUGGUGCAAUAUUUGUGAGCGUGAACUUGCGGAUAGACGCUGCAUCUAAGGAAAAUAUUGCUUCGUAGAUAAUUGUAAUCUAAUAUGAAUGUAUAAUCGUAGAUGUUCAGGAGACGGCGGAAGGAGAAUGUUGUGCAGAGGAGGGAGAAAAGCCGAGCACGGAUG